AUGCGCGAUGUAUACGAAGAACACAAUCUUUACAAGAAUCAAACAACAACUAUACGCCAGAAGUUAGAGCACCCCUCCAAAUCAAACACUAAUCAUAUCACAAUGUCAUGGUUAAGGUAUUUGGGAUUAACCGUUCCCUUAGCGGCAUUACGUAGUUAUUUAUAUAUGGCAACAACGGCCACAACUUCAUUAUUUGUAUUAUUACCAAUUGCUAUGAUUACUUAUGAUCAAUAUUAUAAAACUUUAAUACCAAAUGAAUCAUCACCAAUUAUCCCAUUAAAUUUCACCACCACGACAAUUACUUAUAAAAAUUUAAAACUGAGUAAUAAUUCAAAUUCUAAAAAUAUAUUAAUAUCUAAUGCUAUAAAUCCUAAUAUAUUCCAAGAUUAUCAAUAUGAUGAUCAAUUGACUUAUAUUUUCAAUAUUAAUAUUCAAGCCAUUUGUUUAUCACAUAACAACUUGCCUUUACAUAAUGAAAUCACGAAAAUCAAUUAUGAAUUAAUAUCAAGUGCAGCAGAAAGUGGUGACCGUGGUGAUGAAUCAUUUAAACAAGGAUCAAUUAUAUUAAAUUGUGAUCCAUAUGUGAUUUAUAGUCGAAAUAAUCAAUUUAUACCAUUUAAUUUCCGAUUUUGGUUAAGUCCAUUUUUAAUUGAAUCUUCACAAAUAAAUAAUAUAAAUUUAUAUCCAUUAGAAAUUCCUGGUAAUCAAUUGAAACAUUGGGGGAAUUUUAAAAUCAUCCUCAACAAUGACAACAACAACAACAACAACAACAACAACAACAACAACAACAACAGUCAAAAUGAUCAUAAAGAGAUUCAAGAUAUACGAUAUUUAAUUGAUGAUAAUUCUUCAUGGAUUCAAUUUGAUGUGAAAUGGAGUGGAUUUAGAUAUUAUAUGGUUAAAUAUUAUUAUAUUUGUUAUUUAACUGGUACGGUGAUUUUCUUUAUGGUUAGUGCUGGAGUUGGAUUUUUCACUAGUUAUACAAUUUUGCUACUUAAUAAUAGAAAUAAACUAUAA